AUGUACUGCAACGGUCAGAAGAACUGCCCCGAGUGCCACGCCAUCGUUCACAUCAGCCAUUCAGAAUGCCUGGCAUGUCGGGAUCGAAAGCAGAACAUGCGUGCCAUCAACACGCAUCAGGCCUGCGUGGUCACCACGGCCACCGGCAGCAAGGAUGCCAUGCGAUCGGAGACUGGGUCGAUGCGAACGACAGCAUUCACGCGAUCAUGGCUCCGGACGCCUGGGCGCACCGGGCCCGACAAGUAUCGAGGUCUCGACCCCUUGGCCAUCAUCGACGACCUCGAGAGGCUGGGCAGUGGCUCCCGGUGUCAGAAAACCAUCGACGCAAUGGAGGAGAAGAGGCGGAUCUUGGAAGAGCAAGAGAAAGAGAAGGAGCGGGAGAAGGAAAGGGAACGCCAGCGACAAGAGCAGGAGGAGGAGAAUAAGAAAAGUCUUGAAGUGGCCAAGCUGCAGGCAGAGGCCAUGGAAGCCGACAGGAAGAGGAAGCGGGAGGCCGCCUCCGACCUCAUCAGUGCCAUGCUGGACGCCCAGCAGGCCGAAGAAAGCGCCGCUGACGUUCGCGGCGACGAAUCUGGCGCGGACGGCCCGGCGGACACCGUGGAGGAUGCGGAGAAACGGCGGAGGAAGCUGCUGGAACAGGCGGAGGAGCUGAAGAAGAAGCAGGAGGAGAUGAAGCAACGCCAAGCUGCAGAAGAGCAAGCGCGCCGUCAGCGCAUGCGCGAGAGGCGGCAGCAGCGGAAGGCAGAGACGGCGGUGGUCUUAGACUGA